AUUUGGGAUAAACUGGUGGCUGGUUCGUUUAUGAUUCUCGUUUUCUUGGGUGUUGCUUUGCUGAUUGUUUGUCAUCAAGCAAUCAUGAGGACUCGAGACGCAACACGAAUAUCCACAUUGCUACAAUCAUUUGACGCUGAACGCGGCGAGACAGCCGUCAACAAGGCGAUCGAACUGUGGACCAACCACGGCAGUCCCAUGAUCACAUCCGGGUUACUAUCCGGGCAUCCUACUAAUUGAUAUCAACGUACAACAAUGGCGCAGACGGCGCAGUCGAAGGGUUGGGAAUUGAGUUUGUACGAGUUACAGCGACAGCCGCAGCAGCCAAUCACAGACGACACCGAGAUUAUCAUCACACCGCGCAUGCUGCGCAGCGAACUGAUGUGUCCGAUUUGUCUGGACGUUCUUAAACACACAAUGACGACGAAAGAAUGUUUGCAUAGAUUUUGUCAGGAAUGUAUUAUAACUGCGUUGAGAAGCGGUAAUAAGGAGUGUCCGACGUGUCGUAAGAAGUUGGUGUCGAAACGAUCGCUCAGACCCGACCCGAAUUUUGAUGCGCUUAUUGCGAAGCUCUAUCCCAGUAGAGAAGAAGACAAUGCUCAUGCAGAGGCAGCAGCAGCCCUAAGGAACCACCAGAGAUCUCUUCUGGAUGAACGAGGGGCGAUACCUAAUUCACAAACAUCAGAAGACUCUCCGCAAAUGAAUGAGAGAGAGGGUGUUAGUGGUGGUCAGGCAAUUGUGACAACAGAUCAGACAGAACUAAUGGAGACAGACAGGGAAGUCGAGUUGAUCUUGAAGCCUCUCUUCUCAUCAGUCGGUGUUCCUACCUCUCGUUACUUGAAGACGUCUGAUUUGGCAACUAUAGCUCACGUCUCCAAAUAUCUAAGCGUUAGGCAAGUUCUUGAAUCACAAGGAACAGACAGCAAGGUUGAUGUGCAGCUGGCAGGCGACGAGUCGGGCUGGCAGUACAAGCUGCAUGUUGUAGAAGUGGGAGGGAAGACUGUGCCUUUGCAAUAUAAAACAACACUACGUCAAGUUGUGGAUAAGCAUUGGAGGAUCGGCGAACCAUUGGAGCUGUACUACUCGACAACAAGCUGAUCCACAACAAGCUUCACACUGAUCAGCGAACUCACGUAAAGCACAAAUUUUUAACACACAACAGAUGAUGACCGAAAAUUGUAAAUACAGAUAUAAUGUGUA